AUGAAACAUAGAAAUUUCUCAUUCAAAUAAGAAACCACCUAAUCUGAGUUCUCUAAUCUCAUGACUAAACAGCAAAUUCAGAAUCGCUUUACACAGAUAUAAAAAUAACCUCUAACUAGAUCAACAUCCAGAACCCAUUCACUUUAUGUUAAAUAAACUCAAAUUCAAAAUAUGUGUGCUCUUUUUGAGAAAUUGAUAUUUAAAUCAAACCAAACUAAACCCUUAAAGUAGAAGUACCAACAGAUUUGUUCAGAUUUUGGAAUCGAUUUUAAUGUUUUAUAAUAAUUUACAAAACUUGAAGAUAAGCAGAAUUACCUCAUGAGAUGUAGUGUUGAUGAAAUCUCAAAGCAAUUUGAUAGAAUUAUCUAAAAGUAUGACUCUCCUAAAAGUGAUUACUAAUCUGUUGAUGAAAAACAAGAUUUAUAUUGGUGGUUAAAGGUUAAGUCAUAACAUAAAGCGAUUUUAAAUAGACUCAAAUUAGCCUUAGUAUAGAUGAUACAGAAUUCUACCAAUGUCCUUGAAAAAUAACAAAAAAAUUAUACAUCAGAAUAAAAAUUAGGUUCAAAUUCAUAAACUAAAUUAAAUCCUAAAGAUACUGAAGUCUAAUAGCCAGAAGUAUAUUUUGAGUGGAACAAAGCAGUAGAAGCAUAAUUCAUAUCAGCAAAAAAAAACUAUAUUCUGCAUGGAUAUGAAACUAUGAAAAAGUAAUAAGCCAAUGGAAAGCUAAUCAGUAAAAGAGGAAUGAUACUUGAUAAAUGCGAAUAAACAGGAAAUUAUAUAACAAAGGAAGAACUAUAAUACAUUGCAUCAACAAGUUUUUUAAUCAAUAGAAAUCUAGACAAGGAGUUUAUUUAAAAAGCAAUCAAUUCAUUAGAGAAUGAAAUAAAAUACUAAAUUGAGUUUAAUAUAUCAGAAUAGAUUUUACAAGAUUAUUUUACAUUAAAAGAAAAGUAAAUGAAAAAAAGAUAACAAUAUUUUGAAGAGUAGAAUGUCAUCAAGAGGAAAUAAAUAGCUGAUAAGACCAUAAAUUACUAAAAAAAACAAUAUUUAUCAAAGGAUUCUCUUUAGAUGAAAGUUGUUAAAUCGAAAUUUGUAUAAUAUUUAAUAUAGGCUUAAAAAAAAAGAUUUAUUAAAGAAGCUAUAGAAUUCAAGAAAUAAUCAAUUUUAAGAAGAUUAUAAAAGUCAGGAAAUCCUUUAGCAAACAUUUACGUCCAAAAGUUUAAGGAAAUUAUGUAAAAUGUUGUAAAAAGAUAUAGAUAAAAAAAAGGGAAUCAAUUGGUUUCAUAAUAGAAUUUCUUUGAAAGAAAUGCAUAAAAAUAAAUGAUUAAACCAUUAUUUAUAAAAGAUGGAGAGGAAAUACCACUAGAAUAAGUCAAACACAAAUUUCAUCCUCCAUCUAAAUUAAUGAUUUUGGCAUAAGAGGAUAAACAAAAUCAAGUUUUGCAAGAGAAAUUGAUAAAGUAAAGCCAAAAUUUCAGAUUAGCUAUAAGAAAUUAUAAUAUAAAGAAAAGUGAGUUUCUUUAAUUUUAUAGUGGAGGACCAUAAUCUCGCAGAAGAUUUUAAAGUUAAUAAUUAAAAUUUAUGAAUGAGAUUGAAUCAAAAGAAUCACCCCUAUAAUAACAGUGGUUAUCAGAAGACAUAGAAAUACAAGCAGCCAAUAAAAUUAAAAUGGCAAUUAAAAGAUAUUUGUACAAAAAGAAAGUAUCCAAUAUGGUUGAAUAAAGAGUAGAAUAAAAAAAUAGAGAUAUUGAAAUCAAAAUCUAAAAGUGUUUGAAAGCAAAAAGAUUUUUUGAAGAAUUAUCUCAUGAAUUAAAUAAAAGGCAGACUGAAAAAUUAAAGGAUCUUUCAAUAUUUUCUCCUCCUAAAUUACCUCUUGAAUAAAUUCAAAAGUCUAUUUUUGUUCCAUAUUCGACGCCAUCAUCUCCAUAAACUCAAAGAUUAAGUCAAUAAAAAACCUUAGAUAUUUCGUUAGCAAGCAGUAGAAUUGUUAAAUAAAGUUUGCAUUUAAAAUUAGAAUAGAAGAAUGAAAGUUUAAAAUAAUCCUUAAUUAAUAAGGCAGCUAAAAUUAGAAUUAGUGGAGAAACUAAAGUAAAAAGUAGAAAGCUGAUAUAAGCAUCGAAAAUGAAAAGUGUAGUAAUUGCAGAAUCAGCAGGGUUUAAUUAUGUUAAGGCUGAUACCGAAUAAUAUGACUAAUAUGGAAAUACUCCCUUAUAUUACAGUGCUAAAUAUGGUGACGUUCAAAUGAUUAAGCUAUUGCUAAGAGCAGGGGCAGAUGUAAAUUAAAAGUGCUCAAAUGACAAUACUCCGCUCCAUAUGGCAUUCCAAUCAGGGAAUAAAUAAAUUAUAAUUGAUUUUCUAAAUAAAGGAGGUGAUUUAAAUGUGAUCAAUAAAGACAAUUGUACUCCCCUGGCAUUUGGUAGUUUGGAAUUACUUAAAUCAUUAAAUCUUUAAGAUUAUAUAGCAACGAUUAAUCCUAAUCUUUAACGAAGGACAGAUAAUUAAUAAAUGCUUCAUUAAAAGGUCAUCCCUUUAAAUUAUUAAGUAGAUGAUGAACUACUAUUGGAGUUAAAAAUGAGAGUCUGA